AUGGCACUGAUCGGCACGAUUGCUGGUUUCUCAUUAUUCGGUCUUGCAGCGCGUUUUGGGCAGCUGGCAAUAAAGAAGAGAAUCUCAUGGAGAUGUGCGUGCCCUCAUUCACUACAACAUUCACUGUGCCGCAGACCUUGGCGGACACGCAUUGUCAAUGGCGUUUUUGGUUAUGCUGGAUAUUGGGCAUAUCAGUGGGACGAACGUGCGGCGGUUAUGCUUGCGCAGAAGCGUGCGGAGAUUACUGAACGGAGAGAACGGAAGUUGGCGCAAGCUCAGUAA